GACGUAUCUGUGACGUCAUGGAGUUUAUUCCAGGGAGGAUUUUGGACGGUAGAGUCAGUCGCCCUGGCGGAGGUGGAGCGUACACACGUACAGGUCGUGUAGGUCCUGUGGCCUCCCUCCUGUGUCGCCUGGGCUUGUAGAUCAUUACGCGGUCAUCUUCGAUAGCUUGGAAGAUGUCGGAGGCUCGGGGGAACAGGGAAUGUGUUGACCCACCGGGUGUUGUGUAUGUUAUGGACACGUUGCUUCAGCGGCAGAGAGAGAUUGUUGCCAAAAAUUAUGUUGCCACACAAGUUAUCCAGUACUUGCAAUCCAAGUUUGACUUGAAGUCUGCAUCAUUUCUCAGUGAAGCUAAAUUUCAAUUAGUUGGCAGUGCAGCUGAGGGCCUUGUGACUUCUUCCAAAGAUGACAAAGAUAUUCUUUUAAUUCUUGGUCCUCCUUACACGCCAGAGUAUUUCAAGUUUGUGCAUGAAGCGCAUGGAAGAUACUUUAUGCAGUGGAAUAAACAGAAAUGGAAGGGAGGCAAACCACGCUAUGUCACCGAGAAGGGAUAUCUUGCUACAACCGAUCUCCGAAACCAUGUGAAUUCAUGUGUACGAUCGGCAUUAGAAGGUGCAACAAUAACACAGAUGAAGGUGGCCCGAGUGCAUGUUUGGAAGCAAACAGUUAGGGCCUGCCUGAAAGAUGAGGAAGACAAUGGAACACAAUACAUUGUUGAUGUCAUUCCACAGAUCAUGGGGAACACGUGGAAAAAGACAGACGGAGUAGUGUCGUGGGCAAAUCUGGAACCUGAAUUACAGAGGACGAUCACCGAUAUUGAAGCAUCUGGAAACUCUGCAGUACUCUAUUCCCUCUUUGGUGCAGUGUCUACAUCUCCUUUCUCACUCACUUCAAAUUAUUCUCUAUUAGAAAAGGAAUUUUUUAUAAAAAAUGAAGACCUGCGUAAUGCAGUAAUUUUAGCAAAGUUAAUUCUUUCUGGUCAACGGUGGAAGAGCAAGUAUGGUUUCAAGACUGCACAUCUUAAGCGAGUUGCCUUGGGGAACAUUACAUCUUUCAGCCACCUCACACCCUGGCAAGGUAUGCAUCACCUGUUUCAACUGGUGAUGUCGCAACUACAAGCUGGCUACCUGGACGGCUUCCCAGACCUGCACUGUGAUCUCUUCUGGCAUAAAAAUGAUGAAGAUUGUCAAUAUUUAUCAAAGAUGAUUGCAAAUGUAAUGCUGACCCUUGACCCAAAAUUUCUUUCUAAUUACCUAUAAAGUCAGAAAGGGUAAAGUUACAGUAUCUGUAUAUAGAUUACAGUGCAUAUUUUUAUUUAAGACUUGCUGUAGUUUGCAAAGUAUUGUAUAUGAAAUACAGUAAUCUACAGGUAAUUAGUUUUAAAAGACAAGAUUAUAUUUGGAUUGAGCUCCAAACAGAAUUAUGCGUGUCAGUUUCCUGUUUUGAUAGAAAAAGUAAUUACCCAGUAUAAUCUAAUUUUAAGUACAGUUAAUACAAAUUAAUCAUUUAUGCAUCGUCCAUAUUUCAAAUCUAUUUUCAUCAAAUUUGAAAAGUUGUUUAGGUAUUGUAUGUGGAUAAGUCUUGUAAAAUAAUUUUUUAAUAAUUCAAUGUGGUACAUUUUAUUGUGAUUAUUACAUGUUGCAAUUAUCUAGUUAUCAAGGGAAUUUUUAGUUGCCAUGUUUCAAAUGGCUUAUAAUUUGUUUUAUUACAUAAUAAUGCAAUUUCGCUAAGUCCAGUGAGCCCUGUAGCUUGUAGGUAGCUUGUGUCGUGGUGUGUUCCAAUCUCCUUUAAUAAUGCAACCUCUUCUCUUAAAUUUGAUUUAGUUAUUGUGGCAAAUUAUCCAGCCAGAUACGAAAGAUGAUCAGGCAACUCCUCUAACCUCUUGAGGCUGAUAAAGACGUUCAGUAUUAUGAUGCUUAAUUUUUUACAGAUUUUUUCUUAUUUUUAACGUAUUGGUCAAUACUUUUUUUUUUUUUAAUUUUCAUUGAGCACUGGCUUUUAAUUUCAGUUAUUGAAGCAUUAGAGUUGAAUAAGCAUUGAAGCUGUAUGAUGAAAUGGAACUCGCGCCCCUGGCCAUGUCGGGUGUACACACCAUUGUGUAUCAGAUGUGAGCAGGAGGUGCAGGCUAAAUUGCCGCAUGGCCUCAAUAUUUGUUCAUUGUUUAAUAAUGUCAUUUUCAUUCUUAGUCAUUUCCUGGUAAACUGUGCUGAUUUGUUUGUCCAUUUGCAUUGGUGAAUAAUGCACACCCAGAUUUUAAGUUGGAAAAAGAUCAUGUAAAGUAGUUUUUAGUAAUUUAUGGUAAAUGCCAUAUUUCUGGCAGAUAGGAUACAGAUAGGUGCAAGUGCCUAGCUAGUAUGGUGAAAGUCUUGAAAAAAAUAAACAUAAUGACCCCUAUUUUACGCUGAUGUCUUGUGUGCUUAAAAUCUAGUAUUUUACCAUAAAUAGGGCUCAAAGGACUUCAGCUUCUAUCAGUUCUUUUAAAGUAUCAUUAACUUUGUGAAUAUACAAUAAACUUUGAAUAUCAUGUUCA